CCACCUGUUGGUGGGUACCUGGUACAGCAGCAGUAGUUUGUUAGCGAACGAGAUUAGCCUGCAGCACAGGCCCUUUUCAGAGACAGCAUACCAGAAGCUUUUGCAGAAAUAAUGAAACGCUUUACAGGAUCUCAGUUUCAACCCGUAGCUAGACCCAUAGCAGCUGCUUCGGGAUUCAAACAGGCGCCACCUCUAAGAGUCCCCCAGAAUUUUAUUGAGGCCAUGAAACGCAUUUCUGGAACACCUGACGUGGCUCCCAAGACUCCGGCAAAGAGUCCUGCAGUGGAAGUACCUGCUGGGAAAUGGAAACCUGCUUUCCAGCCUGUUGAUCAGAAGGACAAGAACUCUGAGGGCCAAAACCCAAGUGAUGCAAAGAGAGCUGAGCUGUAUGACCCAGUCAGCCCUCUGUCAUCUGAAUCUGAGGCUGAGACUUCACAAGCUCCAGUCUGCCAGCUCCCCCCGCCUGUCCAGGGUAGCAGCCCGGUACGCCAGCGUGUGACUCCCGACAGAGACAGCAGGCGCUGGGAGCCGCCUUUUCCCGAGACGGCGAACCGUCCGCUCGAUAGACGGGAAUUUGUGCCGACAGCCAGAGCCACAGAGAGCCGAGACUUGAGCCCGGGCCACAUCCUUCCUAAAAGCCGUGCUUAUAGCCCAGGAAUAAAAGUACUUGAGCGUCCAGGUUAUGAAUUCCCCGGUGGACCUCCGGAGCCGAGAGUUCACAGUCCGGACAGACGUCUUCACGGCUCGCCCACCCAGAUUAUUCCUGAAGCCUCCAGAGGACCAAGGACCAAGGGAGAGGAGAGGAAACCACUUCUUGAAUAUCCAAGAGAGAUGAGCGCUACUCUCAGGGUAUCUCCACCUAGGUUAAAACGAGACCAUCAACAACUGGGAUACAUAGAAAGAGGACCAGAUCAAGAGGCAGCUCCUCCAAAGCUGACGAGGACUAAGGGAGAAAAUGCGAAACUGGACAAGUGUCCCGUCACCUGUGACCUUUGUGACGUAGAGUUGUCCAAUGCACAGGAGCUGGAGGACCAUUUGGACAGCAAAGGCCACUGGGAUACGCUGGAGCACAUCCAGCGGAGCAUUAAAUACGAUGACAUGGCAAUAGCAUUUCUACAGGAAGUGAUGGUAUAUAAAAGCCAGCACUGUAGCCGAGCAGUAGAAGCAAAUGCGUUUCCAGGUCUGCAGGAGAACCACCACAUGACAAAGGUGGAAAUGCUUCAUUGUGCUGCCUGUAAGGUCCAUGUGUCCACGUCUGCAGCUGAGGUCCAGGCUCACGUCUCCUCACUGGAACACCUGUCUAACACAAAGGAAUUUGAAGUGCAGCAGAGACUUUCCUGCCUCCACAAAGCAGAGGCCAUGCUCAAGAAGCUACAACCCCAGUUUGAAAUGUUCUUGAAGGGAGCCUCCCCAUUUGAGUGAAAUGGAGGACUGUCUCCAAUAUACGGUUAAGGACCUCGUCAACUGAAGCCCAGCGAACAGAACCACUCAACUGGACUGGCAGUACUCGUGUACAUCACCUCCACUUGUCACAAGCUCAAUAAAAUACUGUCUCGUUUUUGUA